AUGAUCUACAGCGGAGAUGGUAUACUAAGUAGCAUGCCCUACAUACCAGCCGACGUCACAAACCUAAAGGCAAAGUACCAUAGAGAGAGCCGGUUGGCUUACAUAGAAGACACAAUAGCCUACUUUAAAGAGAAAGCAAAAGCAGAUGCUGAUUUCUUCUACAGGAUAAGAUUGCAUGAUGAGGACCGUGUCAGAAACAUGUAUUGGGUGGAUGGUGCUACAAGAAGAGCCUACAAACAUCUCCGUGAUUGCAUUUCAUUCGACGCGACAUAUCUCACUAAUAUGUACAAGAUGCCCUGCAUAGCGGAGGUCUUUCCGUUGGCAGUGCACAGGCACUGCAGGUGGCAUAUUAUUAAGAAGGCUGAGGAGACGCUAGGACCAUUCUUUGCUGACCGUCCAAAGCUACACAAGGCAUUCGAGUUGUGCGUGGACCACAGCUUGACGACUACUCAGCGCAGCAAGGGGUUCAAUGCUGUUUUGAAGCGGUACUUGAGCCCUGGCAGCUCAUUGCUGCAGUUUGCCAAGCAGUACACAACUUUGCAACAGAAAAUACUGGAAACUGAGCUACAUCAAGAAGCAAACACCGCGCUCAAGCAGCCUGAAUUGCUAACAUAUUUACCGAUGGAGAGGCAGAUGAGUAAGAUAUAUACCAACAAGAUUUUUAACAAAUUCCAGGAAGAAAUAAAGCGUGCCAGCAUGUACACAGCUUACCAGGUGGACGAACAUACGUUCAAGGUGUGUUCUCUCUUGGGCAUGUCGGAUUCAGAACCUGAAGACCCGGACAAGGGAAGGAACUACUUCGUGAAGGCCUCGAUAAAUGAAGGCGAAUACUACUACCAAUGCUGCAAAUUCGAACAGGACGGGAUUGUGUGCUGUCACAUACUGAAAGUAAUGGACAUGCACGCGGUAACGCGAUUGCCCCGCCAUUUCAUACGGCGGAGAUGGACUUGGGACACUGACGAUGCGUUGGGGCCACAAACAUCAAAUGUAGUUUUGGCUGUGCAUGAUGAGAGACCAGAGGCAACCAUGGACGCCGUGAGGCACGUUGUGUUGACCAAGAACUAUGCUGAACUAAUAGAUGAAGCAUGCAAGAGUGACGAGACAGCGAGGGUGGCAGAAAAAACACAGGAAGGCCCUGAAAAGAGAGCUUGA